AGCAUCAUGUCGGACAUGGAUGAUGAUUUUAUGUGCGCCGAUGAAGAAGAUUAUGAUUUGGAAUACUCGGAAGAUAGCAAUUCUGAGCCAGAUGUCGAUUUGGAAAACCAAUACUACAACUCUAAAGCACUAAAAGAAGAUGAUCAUAAGGCAGCUCUGACUAGUUUCCAAAAGGUUUUACAACUUGAGGAGGAUAAAGGUGAAUGGGGGUUCAAGGCAUUAAAGCAAAUGAUAAAGAUCAAUUUUAAAUUGAGCAAUUAUGAGGAGAUGAUGACUAGGUACAAACAAUUGCUCACUUACAUCAAGUCCGCCGUCACGCGAAACUACUCUGAGAAAUCCAUCAAUUCGAUCCUAGACUACAUAUCGACAUCAAAAAAUAUGGAGCUGCUGCAGGAGUUUUACGAGACUACUCUAGACGCUCUGAGAGAUGCUAAAAACGACAGGUUGUGGUUUAAGACGAACACAAAACUAGGCAAGCUGUACUUUGAUCGAGAAGAAUUCAACAAGCUAGCAAAAAUCCUCAAGCAGCUGCAUCAGUCGUGUCAGACGGUGGAUGGCGAGGAUGAUUUGAAGAAAGGAACGCAGCUGCUAGAAAUCUAUGCACUAGAAAUUCAAAUGUACACUGCUCAGAAGAAUAACAAGAAGUUGAAAACUCUGUAUGAGCAGUCGCUACACAUCAAGUCUGCCAUACCACAUCCACUCAUCAUGGGCGUGAUCAGGGAGUGCGGAGGGAAGAUGCACCUGCGUGAGUGUGAAUACGAGAAUGCACACACAGACUUCUUUGAGGCAUUUAAGAACUACGACGAAUCGGGAAGCCCUAGGAGGACAACCUGUCUGAAGUAUCUAGUGCUAGCUAACAUGCUGAUGAAGUCGGGAAUCAAUCCGUUCGACUCACAGGAGGCGAAACCGUACAAGAACGAUCCGGAGAUCCUUGCAAUGACAAAUCUCGUUAGUGCCUACCAGAAUAAUGAUAUUAACGAAUUUGAGAAGAUAUUGAAAAUGAAUAGGAGAAACAUAAUGGAUGACCCAUUCAUCAGAGAGCAUAUUGAAGACCUAUUGCGCAACAUCCGAACUCAGGUGUUAAUAAAGUUGAUCAAACCAUAUACUAGGAUCCACAUACCCUUCAUUUCAAAGGAGUUAAACAUAGAUGUAAUAGAAGUAGAAAACCUGCUUGUUUCCUGUAUAUUAGACAAUACGAUCCAAGGUCGCAUCGAUCAAGUCAACCAGGUGCUAGAGCUCGAGAAGACCCGCCAGGGGGCAGCACAGUACACGACGCUGGAGCGGUGGACGUCACAGUUGGCUUCCCUUCACAACACCAUAGCGAACAAGAUGGCGUGACAUCAGCAGACACUGCACGUGUAGACCGGUGGUGCAUGUAGGCGACGACGCAGCGGCGAGAGGGCCUUGUUACAUGGCAGUGGUGGUGCACAGUGGAGAGACGCGCCUCGUCCCAUCCUGCACCGUACGCAAAAGUGUCAGACGUGUCAGUUUCUUUCUCCUCUUGCUAUCUCUCUCUCUCUCUGUCUGCAAACUUUCUGCAUUUAGCUGUAAGUAAGGCUCGUUUAAACAAAUGCAGUAUCAAAGGGGGUAUUAAUGCAGUGCUGUAUUAAAGAAUUGUCAUAUUAAAAAGAGCUGUAACAAGAAAUGAUAUAUUUAAAAAAGGUGUUAAAGAAAUGUCCUAUUAAAAAGGUUAUUGAAGAGAUGCCUUUUUAAAAUGGGGGGUUAAGGAACUACUGUAUUAAAAAGGGUGGUAAAGAAAUGCCAUAUUAAAAACUGAGCAGGUUGUUAAAGUAGGGCCGAAAUGCAUUGGUGACUUUUGACUGGCACAGACAGACAUGAAAAUGUCACUUCUAAAUCACUGUUUACAGCGCUAGAUGAUUUAAUAAGAGAGAACGUCACGCUUGCAUAACCUGGCCUGACUUGAUGGUCGCUGACACCAUCAAUGUUGCCUACAACUUUUAAUGCCGUGGUUUAGAACAAAAACCGUCGAUGCGCUUUAUGCCUUUUUGCGGCGUUGGCGGUUGUUUCACUUUUGAUAUUCGCUUUUUUAACGGGGUACGUGCGCGCCGGUUUUCUAGCCAGUACGAUGUUGUUGUAUGGAGGUGUUGGACAUCAUGUAGCUUAGUGUAGCCUCUCACGUGCGUGGUCGGACUAUAACCGCUUGCACCCAUGCAGUGUGGGCAGCAUACUUAGCUUGAUCCCACGUAGCUGUCGAUCUAUCUAGGCACAGCGUGAGGGUUUUUUUUGCCGGUGAAACGCACGCCAGAUUUCAGUCAAAGAAAUGCUUGCAUGUUGGUGUGUGUCUAGCGGUCUAUCGUGCCGUUGUCAAGUCCACUAUGUGAACGAAUGAGACUUCCACGCUGUUAAAGCGUUUUCGCUUUACUUUUUCUCAAGGAUUAGAGGUCUUUAUACUCAUAGUAAGUAUGGAUGCAGUCACAUCAAAUGUGGUUGCAGACAUAGUCAGUUCGAAUUCGCUGAUAGUAAAUACGAAUUCAAUAGUAAAAUACGGUCAUGUUUGCAUCUAGAUGCCAAUCUAAUAGAUGCUGUAUCAGGUCAAUAAUCGGGACCUCAUCAUCUACCUUUAGCUGUAUAUAUGUAUGGAGGGAGGGAAGAUUCGAGUGAGGAGUCUAGGCUCAAGGCAGUUCUUCGCUUCUGUUGUUCUCGGUUAUUUUUAUUUGGAAAGGGAACGCCGCAGUCGCUGGGAUGUUACCGGUUGAUGGAUUUCUUCUAGUUUGGGAGAAGUCUGUUGUUGUGUGAUGAGAAUAGGAGUCGAGUCAGGUGACAGGUUUUCUGCUAGCCUGUACUAAUUAUAAGUUAUUACUCUACCUACUGAUGUAGAGAUAACCAUGUAUACAUAUCGUAUUUCUCGGCUUAUAAAACGCUCAAUGCACUAGACGGACCCCCAAACUUAGAAGGUAAUUAUCUAAAGGAGAACUCUUACUGCAUAAUUCUCCUCCCCACUACCAGGUAUGUGUUUACCAUCAAUUAGGCAAUAAGGCUGCACUCUUGUUUUUGCCAUCUUUUAUCCCUCGAAGACUAUUUUAAGCUUUAUUUUUUAAGCUUACCUCACUCCCUCCAUUGGUUUGUAUACACUGUAGGCUCUUCUGCUGAGGUGUAUAAUAUACUGAACCAUAGCUAAACAAAAAACAACUAUAAUAAUGAGUUAAUGAGCUAGUAAAUAUGAGUAAAAUAUAAACUACCCCGGCCUUAAGCUUAUAGGACUCCACCGGGUUGUGAAUAAACCGAGUCCCGUAAGCCACGAAAUACGGUAAGUAUGUAUACGUUUACUCUACCUGUCAGCGACGAGGUGGCUUUCUUUACGCUGCUGCGGCUGCUCUUGCCGUGCGUGGUAGCUUGCUCAUGUAGCAGGUUCCCUAAGCACGGUCACCGAUCGCCACGCGCGAGACGUAUUAUUACAACAAGCCGUAUCGAUAAUCGCUGAGGGCUCCCACGAGAUCCCGCCCCGCCGUGACGACUCACACAGGUCUCCACGCUGCGUGCGUCGUCACGGUUACGCACCGGGAGGUGGCGAGGAAUCCGGGACAUGGCUUCCAACUGAGGUGGGAGAGAGAGAGAGGAAGGCGAGCGAGGCUAAGCUGUUAGCAUGUAGAGGAACCAGUAGGGUCGAGUAGCGAGCAGCAGAGAGAGAGAACGCGUCGCUGUUUUUAUACGUGCGCUCCAGGAAAACUCGCAGACGUUACGACGUCUGUGGUUGAUGCGUAGAUGUUGUGACGUCACGCGCGUGCAGAUGAGACGUCAUUCACACGUGCAUGUAGGGGUGACGUCAUAUUCGCGUGCAUGUGGCUUCGUUGUUUUGCCAGCCGCGUGACUGUGCUUGCUGGCUUUUUGUUAUUGACACAAGAACCGCUCCCAUAUUUAAGGAAACGUGUGUAAAUAAGAUGUGUGUCAUUGAUGAUGAUGGCAAUGAUGAUGCCGAUGAUAAGGGUCUGUUUGAAGUAUGGAGAGGAAACAUGCCUAAUAUCGUGGCAGUUGUAGCUACUAGUAUUUUGUAAUAAAAGCUAUGAUUCCACUUUUGAAAAC